AUGGCCAACGAAACUCUCAGGGGAAGAUGUUUUGCCCCGUUCUAUGACGUGAGCCUGUUUCCCAGCGAUGAAGGGUUUAUCGACGGCCGGCUAUGCCAAAAUCUCUCAGAGACUGUGCGAUGUUGCUUGCCAUGCCCUCUCACUGAUUGGGUCUACCCCCAAGACUUCAAAACCAUGACAACGGCCGUCAACUGGGUUUGCGUCGCCAGCGCAGCAAGCUGUCUCUUCCUUUUGUCAUCAUGGGCUUUCUUGCCCGUGGAUAAAACCUACAGACAUUACUUGAGCAUCUGCUUGACAAUGGCAGUGCUUAUUAUGAACCUUGGCUUUAUUGUUCCGCUUGCCGAUCAGCCGGAACAAUGUUACAAUGAAAUCACGCCCCACAGCAUGAAGUCCAGCAAGGUCUGCGGUGCCUCUGGCGCCCUCCUCCUGCUUGGGGGCUGGGCUGGUGUCAUGUGGGUCUUCCUGCGAUCAUUGUCUCUGCAUCUGCAGAUCUGUUGGCAAGUCGUCGUGGGCCGAACCUUCAUGAUCUUUGCACAAGCCACGGGUUGGGGCAUUCCCAUGAUUGGCAUUGUCGUUGCUCUCGUCUUCAGCGGCGUGUCGUUUCGCUUCGGUGCAACCUGCCACAUCAACCACAAAAACAGCCUUGCGGAUUUUUGGAUUCCUCUUCUGGUCUUCGCUGGACUCACAGUCAUCAUCCAGUUCGCCACCUUUGGAUACUGCAUCAAAGUUUACCUGGCAUCUCUUGCCGACAACAGCGCAUCGACUGAAGGAUCAAGCCUCCCCACUUACGCCGGCAGCAUGAAGACUUUGAGCCCCCGCCAAGCGUAUCGGCGAGUACAGCGCGUCAUCCAGCUCCAAUGGAGAGGUAUCGCUAUUGUUCUUAUCAUUGUUACCGACGUCAUCUUCUUCUCGCUUGUGUUUGUCUUCCAAGACACCACUGUCCAGGCAGUGCAUACCGACCAGAGUCUUGCCCAGGAUUGGGUCCUGUGCCUCAUCGGCGCGAAGGGCAAUCGAACUCAGUGCUACGACAAGGCCAAGUCGCUGGUUGUCAACGAGGCAACCAUUACGGCUGUCUUGGUCCUCCUUUCGAUGAACGGCAUCUGGCUACUCUUCCUACUGGGCCGCUGGGCCAUGGUCCUCGGUUGGGUAGACCUAUUCUCUUCCUGCGGCAGAAGCAAGAAGGAGUUCGUAUCGGUGGAUGCCCGAUACGAUGUGAAAAAAGAUACCCGUGCGUACGAGAUGCUAUCGAAAGACUCGAACGCUGUUAUAACACCAAUCACCCCAGUCAAAUCACCGAUCGCGAGUCCCAAUAGCGGACGAAGAACCCCCGAUUACUUUGGGCCAACGGCUCGCUACCAGCCGCCGAUGCGGUCUUUCUCAAGCCCUCGACCGCCGCAAACACCGCCAGCCUGGGACGCUCAAGCGACCUACGCCCGGUCCGAAUCACAAGCCCGAGGGGACGGGUUUGAGGACAUGAACCCACUCGGGAUGAACAGGAUAUAA